CUACAGGACCCCGCCGUUCACAUUCCUCCCACCUGCCCCUACUCCCCACAAAACUUCCGCUACUAUAGUAUCAUACCAUACCUUGAACCUCAUCGCUAACCCUCUACCCCUACCCAGCUCAUCUAUCGGAGUGCCUCUUAUAAUUCGUUCAGCCUCCUCUCCCCUAAUCCCCUCUUGAAUCGCCGAGGAUAUGAUGGCAGCCCGCAAUCGCCCUAGAGCCCCCCUGAAGGAAGAGGCCGAUGCGCAUGAGGAGCGCGACCUCUGGACAAAGAUCGUGAGAGAACUCCAGGAGCUCCAGCGCAUGUCCGAGCGCGUCCAAGUGCUCACAACCGAAACCCAACGGGAGGAGGAACGUCAUGCAGAAGGCGAUGCAUCUCUGGAGGAUCUAAAAAUCCUCAAAAAAUUAUAUACGGAGCAUCAAGAGCUUGCGGACAAAGAACAGCUGACCCUACAAUCUGUUUUGGAGUGGAACGAUCUCCUCAUAGCGCUAAGGACUGCCACAGAAGGCGGCGAUAGAGGAGGCGAGAAGAAGCGUAAGCGCAAAAUCGACGACGCUGGUGCUGCCGAUAGCCCAUCCAGUCGAAAUACAAAGGUUGCCAGAAGCAUGUCCGCGGCACCCGACCCACACAAUGGCCUCCAGAAAGAUUCUGAAGUUGCAUACCGUCUGCCGAAACAAAAAAAUGCCGAGGGCAUGUGGAUUCAGUGUAUCAUAGUUGGUAUCGCCGGGGAUGGGAAUAAGCGGAAGUAUGAGGUACAGGAUCCGGAGCCAGACGAGGCUGGAGGUCAUGGAACCACAUACAAAGCUUCCGCAAAUGCAUUGAUCCUGAUCCCUAAGGACUCCGCCGGACUGCCACCAUACCCACCUGGCAAACAAGUUCUUGCAAGAUACCCGGAAACAACAACCUUUUAUAGAGCUGAGGUGAUGGGAACUAAGGCAGAUGGCACAUGCAGACUGAAGUUUGAGGGCGAGGAAGAGGUUGGAAAGGAAACCGAGGUUGAACGAAGGCUUGUCUUAGAUGUCGGGAACAAAUAGUCGUGGAGCGGUGAUGACGCCCCCCCCCCCAAAAGAAAGUGCAAACUUGUUGAGCGACGAGUUCUGCCAGCGCCGGGUAGGCGGGUGGAUGCUCUUUAUUUAUCUUUUCGAUUCCCAUUAUUAAGAAUAUCUUGAUGGUUUACUGUUUCUCUUUUUAUAUCUUUCCUUUUUAUUUACGCUUUCAGUGGGACAGGACGGAGUUUUUGGCAUGUAUCAUGGAUUGUGCUAUUUUCAUUGCAAAACUUGAGCGAGCGAUUAGCCUCGGCAACUCCGCACACAAGUAUUUCACUCAACGUAUAUACUUUUCAUACCCCCAAACGCGUAUAUUCCCGACACCAACAGAAUAAACAUAAUCCGAGCGUGCUCAUUAU